AUGGCUAUCCCAAACAACAAAAGUCCGGUUGCGUCCAAGACGCGAUCUGCAGCAUCUAAAAGGAAUAUAGAACUUAUUUCCCCAAUACGAAAAGUCAGGAACUCGAAGAAAAGGAAUAAGGACCUUUCGUCGUCCUCCAGAAAGAAAGAUGCUAGCACCAGCACCCCAGCGAAGAUUCCAGUAUUACAUUACAAGGGAAGAGAUAGUCCUAUAGAUCUCGACUCAUCUCCUAUUAAACGAAAUCAGGAUUAUUCUACGCCACCAUCUCCAGAAAUUGUGAAUUUGACUUCAUCAUCGCCAAUUAAGAAGAAGAAAUGUGUUGCAUUUUCAGACGAAUUAUUUUCUGAUCUCCCAGUUACUCCAGAGAAGGUGCCUACUCCUUCGCGUCCCAUUCUCAAAUAUUACAACAUCAACUCAAAUUCAAGCCCAGUAGAUCCAAACAACACCGCAUUAUGGGAAAAGAGCUCGGAACAGAAAGCAUAUGGCCCUAAAAAUCCAUCAUUUUGGCUACAAGGUACAAUUAUUCAGUUACAACCUAACUCAUCCGAAUUAGCAUACUUGAUCGAGGGUUGUCUUGAUGUUUUAGGAGACCACGCAUUUAAGAGGAGGUUUGAAGUGUAUGCCACAUUGAAUGGAAUCUGCAAAUCCAAUCCGCGAGAAACUUUAGUCAGGUUAUUUGCAAGUACUCCCAGUGGGUUGACAACUCCUAGUAAGGUUUCCCCAAAAUCGGUUCAAGAAAGCAGUACGGUGGUACGGUUAGCAUCUCAAAUUAGAAAGGAUAUUGAAUCUACAGAAAAUCAGCUCUUCGAUUCUGAUAUAGAUAAGGAAAACGUUUCGCCAUCCAAGAAUGACCCAUUUAGAAUACGGAUAAUCAAUCAAGCAUUAAAGCUUGUCAACUUUUUCAUGCUGGAUCAAGAUCUCAAUAAUUUUUUACCAGUUGACGACAUUUCUUGGUUUUAUCGUCAUGCCUGUAUGAUGUUGAGACAUCCACAGACAUCAAAAGCAAUCGUGUCUCCAUAUUUACUUAUUAUCAAAGACUGUAAAUUCAGUGUGAAAAAGAAAAGACUAGUUUUUGAUAAUAGUGAUAUACCUGAGAAUAUGUUGUACAGUUUGAUUAAUAUGAAGCCAUUUUUAAGUGCUUCGAUUGUCACAGAAAAGUUCCUUUGUUUCAAGAACUUUGUAUUAAAUUUUCCAAUUAUCAUGGCUAAGAAUGUAGCUCAUUGGUUUGGAUUUUUGAUUUGGAAUAUUUUUGAUGUGACUUCUCCAUUUUACUUAAAAUGUUUGGGUGUUGGCAUCAAUUGUCUUUUGGUGGUUGCAAAAACUUUUUUGGAUAAUAAAAAUGUGCUGUUAUUUGUUAGACAAUUUUUAUCUUCUGACUUACCUGCCAAUUUCAAUCCUAGUUCCGAAGGACAAACUGAACCUUCAAAUUUGAAGACUAUUGAUAUGAUAACAAAAAAACUUGAAGAGUUGAUUCUCUCAAGACAAUAUAAAUGUGUGAUGGAUAUGUGGUUAGCAUUUACAUUACUCGUAGCAGAUGGAGAAUCCUCGUUUGACAAAUGGGAAUAUUUAAAUAAAUGGUUGCAAAUUCCAAAAUACUGCUUCAAUUCUCAAGAUGAAAAUGCUAGGCUAUUGGUGUUGGGUAGCUGGAAAGCUAUUGCUUUCAAUGUAUGCCGGAAUGAACUUAAUGAUAUGAAGAGGGCAUUGGACCCUAUAUUCAAAAUACCUAAUUUAAAGGAAAGACCUCAGGCUAUCAGCGUAGCAUUAAAAUCAAAGGCAAGAUUAUUGACUUAUUUAUUUGCCAGUUUUAAUGCUGCUGAAGUUCAGAAUGAAGUGGUUGAUGCAAUGCAUAAUUUGUUUAUUUGCAUCUUGUAUUUAAUUAUCAAUCCUCAAAUUAUGAAGCUGUCAACCAAGUAUAUGCAUAUUUAUUGGGAUAAGAUUAUUCAAGUUGUAUUUCUUAAUUUUUACUUCAAAAAAGGUACAUCAACACCGCAUAUGAAUCAACUUGGGUUGAAAAUUUUAACUCGUCUUUUAAGACCAGCAACUCCAAUAAACGAAAGAAACUUUAAUGAAGUGAGGUGUUUAUCAACUGAUCCUGUUUUGUUAACUGAAAUCAAUUCCUUGCCUCCAAGAUGGGUUCAUGCCAAAUUUGAUCGGAUUAUGCACAAUAUGGUACAUGUUUUCCAACUGGACAACUUGUACAUUGAACAGAAGGUGAAUUUCUUUAAUGCCUUUUUAGCAAGUAUACGACUGAUUACCAAAAAUGAAGUGAGUGUAUCUGCAGCAACAUAUGAUAUUAUUGAUAACAUUCCAGUCGUGCUAGGUGUUUUGUUUGAAAGUAACAAGUUUACAUACGAUUUGGCUUUAAAAUUAGUGCUUAAUUUGCAUGAUACAUUUGAUCCAUCAUUAUUGGUUAACAGAACAAGGUAUGAAAAUGGAGAAAUAAGCACAAAUGUUUACCUUUCAUUGUUCCAAAACUGCUUGCCUAGAUUGACUAAUGAAGAAUCAAUGGAAUUAUUCAGCUUGAUUAUCCAAUCACUUACUAGUCAGAAAGUGCUUAUAUUUAUUGCUGAUCUCUGCAAACUUGAAUUAAAUGACGGGGUGAGAAACAUGUUUAUCGAUGUGUUAAAUAAGAGAAAGGUGGAAACAACAGAACUGGAACUAGGUCUAUAUAAUGAAGUUUGUGGGAACUUCCAUUCUGGAUUCGAUAUAUUUGUGAAGAAAUUAAUCCAAAGCAUUGUAUCCCUUAGUGACAGUGAAGAAUUGAAACGCUGCUUGAGCUACAUCAAAUUUGAUUCAUGGACCAUUGAUAUUAGGAUGUACUUUCUUUUGCUCGUAAAGGGUGCGCCAAAUGUACAUGUUCAACAAUAUACUAUCUCGGUCUUGGAGAAGCAACUAAAAGAUCAGGAUGCAUUGCCUAUUAUGGUUCAGUUUUUAACUGAGCAAAAUUUUGAUAUUGAAAUAGGUGCCCUUGUUGCUCAGAUUGUGAAAGCGGUUGUAUCAGCUGCAGAAUCUGUGCAACCAUAUGCUGUACAAGCUUUGCAUAAUUAUUUGUUAGUAAAAUCUAAAGAUCUUGAACCAAAUGUUGCAUUGCUUGAUGAGCUUAUGUUAUCUUGUUACACCGAAUUGAACAUGGAUAUCGCCAGAUAUUUGACUCUUGAUUUGACAAACUUCCCAUUGUUGGCCGAGGAAUUCAGUAAAAGAGGUGUGACAUGCACCAAUGGAGAGCUUACGAGAGUGAAUCAAGACUCUGACACGCUUAUUGAUCCAGUUCGAAAGAAUACUGUACAGCCGGUAUUAGAUGUUGACGUAAAUGAACAUAGUGUAAUUUGGGCUGAAGAUACGGAGCAGUUAGAAGCAGUUGUCGAACCUGUUAAGGAGAGUUUGGUUGCAAAUAAUGAAGACGAGCCCAAGCAAGUGUUGAAGGAACAGGUAAUUGCAGAAGCUGGUGAAAUUUCUAGAAUGGCUGUUGAUGAAAAUACCACAGAAAUCUCCACCAAUGAAUCGGAAGUUGUAGUUGAGAUUUCAGAUUCUAUUCCUUCAACUGGAAAUGUCUCUAAAAAAGAAGAACUUGAUGUCGAAGUUUCAGAUUGCCUGAUAGUACCAGCAUCAGAUUCAGAAAGAAAGAAGACAUUAGAUCUUGAGAAGACUAAUGUAGUUGUCUCCAAUGAAAAGGAAGAAACUCCUGAUGUGAUAAUAAUCAUACCCGAUGAAGAUGUGAAAGUUUCUCAGGGAACUAGAUCAAAGAAGAAGGAGAAAAUCAAAGGUAAAGGUAAAGGUAGAAAGAAGAAAUCUACAAGGGCUAAGAAAGAGAUUGACUCGGAUAGUGUAUCUAUAUCUGAGGCACCUGCUAGUGAGGAUUCCAGUUUUAUUGAUUCCAAGGAACUGAAUUUUGAUGUACAUGCAUUUACUGCCUUGGUGAAUGCUAAGCUAGAUUCAAAGACAAGUAAAGAUGCAGUUGAAGAAGUGAAUAAGUCAAAUUCGGAAAUUUCCUUCAAUGAGCCUGUACCAAAAGUUUCUCUUGACUCAAUAAUCAGCUCAAAUGAUGUGCCGGAAAGGAAAAGGAAGCUUGAUGGGGAAUAUGUCGAGAUAAACAAGAAAAGUAGGUUGUCAGAGCAAAAUGAUGACGGUGCGGGUGUUGAACCGCAAUUGUCUAAUGGUCACUCAGAAACGGUUUUUAUAUCUUCCAAUGAAGAGUCUAUCACAUUAGUUGACGCUGAGAAUAGUGCUGAAAAGGUUCUUUUCUCUACACCUAGCUUGGACCUUGACUCUGAGAAAGUACGUGAACCUGACACUUUCGUAUCUCAAGAAUCUUGUGAGACUUUAUCUACCAGAGAAGUAAGUUUAGUAGAAAAGGGUUCUGUUGCUGAUUUACCAAUGAAUGACUUAGUUCUGACUGAGAUACUGACAGUGUCUGAGCUUCAAAAUGAUUCCACGGUUGUUGUUAGUAGCCAUGUUAUUCCCGCUGCUGCUGCUGAUGAUGAUGAUGAUGAUGAAUUUUCCUCGAUUAGCAAGGUUGUCGAAGAGUCUAACAAUGUUGACGCGAUCCAAGAGCAGGUUAGUUCAGUUUCCAGUACGGAAAUUGCGAUUAUUGAAAACAGUCAAGAUACUGUUUUGCAAAACAAAGAAAAUGUGAUAUCCAGUUUGAUUGGACAGUUACAAGAUAUUUCUGAUGAGGAAAUACUGAACCUUUCUGUUCAAAAGAAAUAUGACAUAGAAACCCAAUUGCUUGGGUUAAUGCUUCGUUUGAGAAAUUCCAGAUGA